AUGUCUGCCUCUAUCCUUGGUCUUCCUCCCGUUCCUCCAGAGCUCAAGCCAAUUACUCCCUAUAUUCAGAGGGCAGAAGAGCUCAAGAGUCAGGACCCGAUCGUCUCUUACUGGUGUGCCUACUAUGCUGCGCAAGUUGGUAUCUCUCUCAAAGCGCACAGCUCAGCUGCGAGAGACCUAUUAUUUGCUCUUCUAAAUGCACUCGAACAUAUGAAGGCUGCUAUCGGCGCCAACGAUGCUAUCGACAUUGAAUCAGUCAGCUCUGCCUACAUCGAAAACUUUGCACUCAAAGUCUUUGCAAAUGCCGAUAACGAAGAUCGCAGUGGUAGAGCAUCACGUUCAACUGCUAAGAAGUUUCUGGCUGCCGCCAAUUUUUUGGAGGUUCUGAAGACUUUCUCAAAAUCCGAUGUCUCUGAGUCGAAUGAGGAAAAAAUUCGAUAUGCAAAGUGGAAGGCAGCCGAUAUUGCCAAGGCAUUCCGCGAAGGACGUAAACCUGUUCCAGGUCCUCCCGGCUGGGCAGAAGAACAAGAGGAAAUGAAACGGCUUGAACAAGAAGAAAAACACACACACACUUCUUCUUCCAGACCAUAUCCUGAGUCCUCAUCACGUCAUUCAAAUUCUCCUCCUCACACUACUAAUAUAUCCCCACCGCGUACUUCUCAUGCCUCAUCAUCAUCCCCCCCAAAGCAUUCGCCUAUAUCGCAUUCUCCCACUCAGAUAGGACAUCAAGUUGGAUUGUCUAUAACAAAUGACGUGCCGGAGGCAUGGAGUACCACCUCUACUCCCGGAAUUGAGGCAUCCUCCAACGUGUAUACCAUUGGAACACCCACGCCCAGUACAGCCGGUUACGAUAGAGAAUCCAUCCCUCCCGCCGCAAGUGGUAUAUCUCAAGCUAAACAGCGCUGGGACGCUACAGAAGGCAGCCAUACCAAGAAACGCAGCGGCAGUGGAAGUAGCUACAACUCUACCGGAACCAACGGAAAUCGUCCAUGGGCAAGUGAGGAACUAGGAGGAAAGCAGACACGGUUGUCAACUCCUCCUAAGAGUUCCUUUAAAUCUGGGUCCCCUGACUCUGACAAAAAGGUUCACUUUUCGCCUUCUACUAUUGGGGCACCUCCGAAUCCACCUCAUACAAGUUCGGGAUCUCCCAAAGAAUAUCUAGGACCUUCUAGUAUAUAUGCUCCUCCUAAAACGGCUCCGGUUGACAUCUAUCAAAGCCACUCAACAACACGUCCAUCAGUUCCAAGUCCCCCCUCGUUACCUCCUGCUUCCCCAUCACGACCAUAUGGUUAUGCUGCUUCGCCUCCCUCCCAAUUGCAGACACAGGCUUCGCCGCCCCGUGUUGGGAACCGUAAUCCAUAUUCCACUGUACCAAAUCCAACUCCUCCUCCUCUUCCAGCUGCUUUUGAGUUGACACCAGCUGUCAUUGCAAAGGCACAAAAACACUGCCGUUUUGCAAUCAGUUCCUUGGACUAUGAGGACGCUGAUGAAGCUCGAAAACAGCUGCGAGAAGCGCUGGCUCUUCUCGGAGGUUGA